AUGCCUUCUCUCUCACAGAUAUCCUCCCUCGUGCCGCUGGCCAUGCGCGCACUUUCGCAAUCUGGCAUGGGCAUCGACACUCCAGUCAUGGGAUACAACUCCUACAAUGACGUCCUCUGCUCGCCAACGGGUGCCCACAUGUCCGAAACCAUCGAUGCGCUCGUCUCACGAGGCUUUCGCGAUGCUGGCUACAAAUUCUUCCAAAUCGACUGCGGCUGGCAAUCCCUCAACGGCACGCGGGGCUCCAUCAAUUCCUUUGGCGCCAUCGAUUACGACCAGCAGAACUUUCCGCAAGGCAUCCGUCCCAUCUCUGACAAAGCUCGUCAGAACGGCUUCACAUUCUCCAUGUACUCUGAUGCGGGAGUGAGGUCCUGUGAUACCAUUGUACCUAGCAAGCGUCUGGGAAGUUAUGGCCAUGAAGCCGCAGACGCCAAGCAAUUCGCUGACUGGAAUGUCGAGUAUGUCAAAUACGACUACUGCUAUCCCGACUCUCCCGACCCUUCCAACAAUGCACCCAAGGAUCCCCGCAGCGACUUCGUCGAUCGGUACCGAACCAUGUGGAACGCACUGCAAUCCAACAAGAUCUAUCGAAUGCUAGUGUGUCAAUGGGGAACACCGUUCCGCUCUUCUUCGGGAAACUUGCAAGGUCCAUCUCAAUGGACCGAUCCCGUCUCCACCUCUUUCCGCCUGUCGGACGACAUCAACAAAGACUGGGCCGCAGUGACUCGAAUCAUCAAUCAGUCCAUCCACAUUGCCAAUUCUGGCAUCACGGGCAAGGGUCACUUUGCCGAUGCUGAUAUGUUGGAAGUGGGCGCAAAGGAACUCACGAUUGAUGAGCAAGCUUCUCACUUCGCUUACUGGGCAAUGGCAAAGUCUGCAUUGAUGAUCGGCAGCAACGUCGCUAGCAUGCCUGAUGCUUCUCUGCGCAUUCUGCAGAACAAAGCGCUGAUCGCCAUCAAUCAAGAUGCUCUAGCAAAGCCCGUCAAGCUCGUACAGCGAUGGACUGGCGAUCGCGACCUGUUCAGAGGUCCGCUGCAGAAUGGAGACGAAGCGGUGCUGCUUCUCAACUUGCGCAAUCAAGCCAGAAACGAUCUGAGCAUCGACUUGGCCAAGUCACUCGGUAUUCGAAGCGCCACCAUCGAAAAUUUGUGGACCGGUCAAAAGAAGACGGGCGCGAUGGGGGUGUACUCGGUCGGUAGUUUGGGUGCUCGAGGAUCUGCGCCUCUUCGACUGAGCAACAUUCAGCGCAUCGCCACACCCAACGUUGAGGUGAUCUGGAGCGAAGCUGAAUCUGCCUCGUUGAGCGGCGGCGCAAGCUCGGCUUCUUGCUCCGGCUGCUCUGGAGGUACAAAGGUAGGCAACGUAGGUAAUGGAGGCGCAGUGACUUUCAAGAACGUCGUAGCAAAGAGCACCACGUCUACGCUCCUUUUCGACUACAUCAAUGCCGACAUCGGUUAUUUGGCAGGUCAAGGUCAAAAUGCUAGGAGCUUAUCCAUCUCCGUCAAUGGUGCAGCGGCACAAAACGUCGAUUCUGCCCAUCAGCGGAUACGAUUGGAGCGCUGA